AUGACUGGUAGUGAAAGUCAAGCAAGAAAGGCCGUUUAUGCUCGUUUAUCAAAAAUUCGUAAAUUUGGUACUCGCACUAUAACUAUGUCUACCGAACUCCUUGCUCUAUUCGUUGAAGAUUAUGACCUACUUUAUAAAGAAUAUAAUGAUCUCAAGGAAAAAAUUGAGAAUUUUGAAAAACAAAAAUCCACCUUAUUAACUUCAGAAAAGUUGGAAGAAUUUAUUAAAAUAUCUGAUCAAGUAAUUAAAAUAAAUGAACAAACAAUUAAAGAUCUUGAUCAAAAGCGUGAAACAGCAAGAAAUCUUCUUCUUGAUCAGAAAUGUGAAUUAGAUGAGACGUCCAAAAAUUUUUUUAUUGACCAAGAUGAAAUUAAAAAAGAAUAUAAUGAUGAUAAACUGUUUUGGUUAAGUGAAGAUGAAGAUGAAAAUUUUGACGUGGGAAGCUCAAGAAAGAACGGAACAAUUGAAUACAAAUAUUUUUAUGAAACAGAUGAGUCAAAUGCUGACGGUGACAGAAGCAAUUGGGAUACAGAAAGUGAAGGAAUUGAUAAUUCUUCUAGUUACCAAGAUGAUAAAAUAGCAAGGAUGUAA